AUGUUCCCGGCGGCUCUGAAUGAUGCAAGGGCGGAUAUGGAAGUUGACGUCAAGACUCAAACGAGCAUGAAGGAACAGUUGAAACGCGACAGAGCAUGCCAGGCAUGCAACAAGAGCAAGAUUAAAUGCGACGGUGAGAGGCCGUGCAGGAGUUGUAUCUUCAAAGGCAAGACCGACAUGUGUGUUGAUCAAGUUCCAAAGAACUCAGAAUCAAACCUGAACAGAAAGAAAAGUCCUCUUGGGUUUCCCCGAAAGGCAUUGAAGAGGGACCAAGCUUGCAUUAGGUGCAACAAGAGCAAAGUCAAGUGCGAUGGCUGUCGCCCUUGUGGCCGCUGUAUCUCUCGAGGGAGCGAGAAUGAUUGCAUGAGCCAAGUGGAGUAUAACAGUAUUAUGUCAAAUCGUAGCUCUCCUCUAUCUGACACGUCGAGCGAAGAUCAACUGGCGCAGCUUUGGAAUACUACAGAAGUUGUGCCUGGGUUUUCUGCACAUCCUGAUUUUUCCUCUUACGACAUGUCAAACAAUGUGAAUCAGGAAUUUGACUUCUUGAACAUGCCUGUUGAUAGGCCAAUAGCCUUCCCGGCACAUUGUCUCGCCCACUCAAGGAGAUCGGAUCAGUCUUCCUCUCAUGAUGUCCCAUUCUUGUUGAGGACUUUCUGGGAGAAUCAAGGGGUUUCAAUCUCUGGAAUUCGAAACAUUUACGGUAUUUUACCCCUGCGCUUGAAGGACACGCUUGCGAGAUCCUUGACAGCGCUCGAACGGCUCCUGAAUGCACGAGCUCGAAGUUAUCAAAUAGCCGCCAUGGACUCAAGGGCUCUCAGAAGUUGGCAGCAGUCGGCGAGGUGCGGGUUUCAGUCCAUCACUCUGGACCCUUGCACCAACAGGUGGGCUACUUGUGCUGUAAACGAGUGGCUGUCGGAGUUUGCUGGCGUUCAUCGAGAGGAGAUGCUUGCGAGGAUGGCGAAUCAAGAGAUGCAGCUGCCGUCAACUGAGCUCCGUCAGUUCUGCGCUCACUUGUCUGGCCUCUUGGAGCUCUCGAAGCUGAUCUUUGAUCCUUUCUGCCUGAAAGAGGGUGACAAGCGGUAUUGGGUCUCUCGAUGGAACAAGAAUUUCGCCAAGGAUCCCUGCCCUGAAGGCGUCUUGAUGAGAGCUUGCCUCACUGUUCACACUGACGAAAAUGGUUUCCUGUGCGGGAUAACUCGAACUCAAGUGGUGAUCUCGGAGGAAGAGUACGAUGCGGCUCUGCGAAACGACCCAAGUGCGUGUGAGGCUCUUGCGAUGGCAGUGGUUGGUGUGAAGAGCGGGAAGGAGUUAGUUCAGCGGGAGCUCAUCCAAGAGGAGAGCAUCAUUAACAUGGUCUCUACUGACAAGGGGAUGAGUCAGCUCAACACAUUGUGCGAUAUUCUCGAUUUGAAAUUUCGACCGAUCGUGGACCGAGCUAUUGCCGAGGGUCUAUACACGUUGCCCGGUGUUGAUAGUCAAGUGCCCAACGACUACGGAUGUUUCCCUGCUUGUCAUGUGCAGCCUCUCUACGGCACGUCGCAGGCAUUUACGCAUUCUGAUGAUUUCUUCCAGGAAAGGCAAUGA